ACAAAAAAAAAAGAAAAAAGGAAGGAAUGCUCAUCCUCCAUGUGACCAUGUGAGAGCUAAAAGCAUACGUAACUUUUUCCAAGCUUUGGAAAAAAAUUGCCAAAAAAAAAAAAAAAAACUCCGUAGUCCAAACCGUUAAGAGUACGUAUAUUUGUAAGCGUUAAAAAACUAUGAACCGUUAGAAACACGUUGCUACGUGGCAGACAAGUGGGCAGUUUUCAGACAGUCGCCGUCCACCUGGUAAAAUCUCCCAGCUUACAUUGGCCGCUGUGUGCAGUCAAACGUCAGACUGUGCAGCGUCUCUUUCAUGACUUCUCUCUCAAACACAACUAUUUUUUUCAAAUAAAAAAUUCAAAGAAAUUACUCGGACCAAAGACCACUUCAAUGGGUCGUCUCCUACCUUUGCAUCCGACUAAAGCCCCCCAAUCCGAACUCAGUUUCACUAAACCCUCACGCAACUCCAGCCUCCGUCUGAUCAGGAAUCAUGGCCGGCAAUCUUUAUCAAAUGAACCCGCAAUCGGCAGCAGAAAAGGCGGUUUCAGUGAUCGGGUUCGGGUACGACUUGUCCAAGGAUAUCAGGCUAUCGGCUUGCCGGGCGGGCCCUUCCGGGUCGAGAUUGAUCGAACUUGACUCAACAGUGAGUCGGGACCUGGUUUUCCCUGGUGGGGUGGUUGUUAAAAAUGUGCCCAAUUCGAUUAAAUGCGAUAAAGGCGAGCGUACUAGGUUUAGUUCUGAUGUUCUUUCUUUUAAUCAGAUGUCAGAACAGUUCAAUCAGGAUUUCUCGUUAUCCGGCAAGAUUCCUUCGGGCUUAUUCAAUGCCAUGUUUGAGUUCAAGGGCUGCUGGCAGAAGGAUGCCACUGCCACAAAAACUCUUGCUUUGGAUGGUUGGUUCAUAACACUGUACAAUGUAGAGUUGGAAAGAACUCACAUAACUUUGUCUGAGCAUGUGAAACAAGAGGUGCCUACUACAUGGGACCCUGCUGGUCUUGCCGAGUUUAUUGAAAAAUAUGGUACUCACGUUAUUGUUGGGGUUAAAAUGGGGGGUAAAGACGUUAUACACAUAAAGCAAUUACAAAAUUCAAAUCUUCAGCCCAAUGAAGUGCAGAAAACUUUAAAGCAAUUAGCUGAUGAGAGGUUUUCAGAAAAUGGAAAAACUCCUGAAUUUUCAGAACAACCAAAGGAAGAACCUUAUAUGCCCUGGGAACUUCAAGGGGUGCUUGCUGCAUCAAUUAGGCCACCUGUUGUUACUCGCUCAAAGAAUAAUGAUAUUGUGAAUAUUUAUAUUCGAAGGGGAGGUGUUGAUUUUGGUCAAAGUCAUAGCCAGUGGCUUUCAACUAUAUCACAGUCACCUAAUGUGAUAUCAAUGUCCUUUGUGCCUAUUACUUCUCUAUUGAGUGGUGCCCGGGGCAAUGGAUUCUUAAGUCAUGCAGUGAACUUGUACCUACGAUAUAAACCACCAAUAGAGGAACUCCAAGUAUUUCUAGAAUUUCAAUUGCCUAGACAAUGGGCUCCCGUAUAUGGUGACCUGCCUCUCGGUCUCAAGCGUAGAAGACAAGCAUCCCCAUCACUUCAGUUCACUUUUAUGGGGCCUAAGCUUUAUGUUAAUACCAUGAGGGUUGAUACUGGAACUCGACCUGUGACAGGAAUACGCUUAUACCUGGAGGGCAAGAAGAGCGACCAUCUGGCAAUCCAUCUUCAGCAUCUCUCAACUCUUCCUACAAUCCUCCAGCUCUCAGAUGAUCACAGUUAUGAGCCCAUCAAUGAGCCAGAACGUGGGUACUUUGAACCUGUCAAGUGGAGCAUAUUCUCGCACGUAUGCACUGCCCCUGUACAGUACAAUGGAACCCGCUUUGAUGAAACUGCUUCUAUAGUGACCAAGGCUUGGUUUGAGGUAAAGGUUGUUGGCAUGAGGAAAGUUCUGUUCCUGAGGCUUGGGUUCUCCAUGGUGGCCUUCGCUAGGAUCCGUAGAUCAGAAUGGGAUGGGCCCUCAACUUUGUCGCGGAAAUCCGGAGUCUUCUCAAUGUUGAUUAGCACAAGGUUCAGUUCAGGACUGAAUCCCCGAGAGAAGCCAACUAAAGUGGAUUUAAAUUCAGCAGUUUUUCCAGGAGGUCCACCUUCACCUCCUAGAGCACCAAAAAUGACAAACUUUGUAGACACAAAGGAGAUGGUUAGAGGACCUGAGGAAACACCUGGAUAUUGGGUGGUUACUGGAGCCAGACUUUGUGUAGAAGGAGGCCGAAUCUCUAUCAAAGCUAAGUAUUCUUUGUUAACAAUAAUGUCAGAAGAAAGUAUGAUGUUGAUGUGAGAAAAUCAAACGAGGAAUACGCAUUAUUUGUACCGCUGUAAGUGUUUUCAUGUACAUCAUUUAUUUGAAAUGACCUUGAAUACAAGGCCGUUCUUCUAAAUUGUGUUUUGGGAACCAAAGGGUCCCGUUUCCCAACUCCUCUUGUUUCUUGCAGAGAAUUUCGACUUCUACCAAGCAGACCUUAGUGUCCUUGCCUUUCACAGUAAGUAGUUUGUGUUGUAUCUGUGAGGACGUUAGCCGUCUUAACUUUUGCCUGGGAAAUUAAGCACUGAUUCAUGCUUGCUAGCUCAUCUGUAGGAUGUGGGACUGACUGAGCACCACUCUCCUAAACCAAUUAUAACUGAAUCUGCACAUCCGACUGCCAUGUACUUCAAUGAUCAAUCCACAUUCGCUGUCGUGAACAUUGCAAAAUUUACCCUUUUACCAUAUUUUCCCU